GCUCCAGUGCCCCCUCCACAGCCGGCCUCACGCCCUCUCGCCAUGGCCUCUCACUCAGGCCCCGCCACGUCUGUGCUGUUCCUGCUCUGCUGCCUGGGAAGCUGGCUGGCCUGCCACACGCUGCCUGUCCAACCAAGUGAAGUACAGAAAGUAGUUGAGGAACUGCAGUUCCUGUCGAAGAUACUUUUGAAAGACGUGGAGGAAGAGAAGGGGGUGCCUGUGUCCCAGAACUACACACUGCCGUGUCUCAUCCCUGACGCCCAGCCGCCAAACAAUAUCCACAGCUCAGCCAUCCGGGCAUAUCUCAAGGUGAUCAGUCAGGUAGACAGCAAACCUGUUAUUGACGAAAUCAUAGAGCAACUCGACAAACUCAUAUUUCAAGAUGCACUGGAAACAAGCAUUUCUAUGCCAACAGGCACCUUUGAAUGUAAACGCUUCAUCCUGACUAUUUUUCAGCAGUUUUCAGAAUGCAUGGACCUCGCAUUAAAAUCAUUGACCUCUGGAGCCCAGCAGGCCACCACCUAAGGCCAUCUAUUCCUUCUGGAAUGGCAGGAACUUAAGCAGGCUUAAAAAAAUGACCGGCAGCUAUAUGUGGAAACUCUGCCAUGAUUCCUAAAGUAUAUUUUUCCAGUAAUCUCAGCGACCCCUCAGAUGGGCUAGUCCUGGGAGGGCUGAGAUGUAAAUUUGUGGAUUACCUUGAAAAACAUUAUGCUAUUGUUAUUAGUCUUGGUAUUUAUGGAAUGUUUUUCUUCUGCAGGCUUAAAUCUUACUUAUUAUACCCUUGUGAGAGCGGGAGGUGGCAGCUGUGUUAAUUUGUUGCUGUUCAUUAUACGAAGAGUUGUUAAUGCUUCUUGGGAGGGCCCUUGCAAUCUGUUUAAUAAACUGUGUUGAAUUUUUCUCGUAA